UUACCUUUUUUUUCAGUUGUCAUGGUUGGGACUACUGGGAUAUAUACAACUACAUCAAAUCAAAAAAGGAAGAGGUAACUUACAUUGUACGUGCCCUUGAGGAAUCAGAAAUGCUAACGAAAUUCUAAAUUGAAGGGACAGAAUUCAAUAUUUUAGGAACAUACAGGAUGGCUAAUAAAAGUCUAGAGAGAGACCCGAUAAGGCGUUGUCCAAUGAAGCGACCUCCAAUACUUAAGCAGCUUCAAAAUAUAAUGAGGGAAUAUCCAGAAGAUGUUCAAAUUCUCCAUGAGCUAGUACAGAAUGCAGAAGAUGCUAACGCGACAGUCAUGAAGAUCAUGUAUGACCAACGUCAGAUAAAUCCACCGGGUAAACUAGGAAAAUUCUUAAAGUCUCCGGCCCUAUGUAUAUUUAAUGAUGGUGUGUUUGAUGAGGAUGAUUGGGAUGGAAUCAAAAGUGUUUGCCUUAGUCAUAAAGAGGAAAAAACUGACAAAAUCGGACGAUUUGGGCAGGGAUUUAAAUCUGUUUUUCACCUUACAGAUAACCCUGUAGUUGUCAGUGGAGACACUAUGUUGAUCAUCGAUCCAUUAAAUGUCGAUAGAGAAUGUGGUAUGGUAUUCUUAUCCAAGAUCGAAAACAUCAGCAAGACUGGGAUAUUUAAAUCGUUUGAUUUUAAUCAUAAUGCUAUCCGAAAUAAUUAUUACCCGGCAACUCUAUUCUGGUUUCCGUUAAGAUCACAAGAAAGUGAAUUAUCGAAAAAUGUUUGUACGGACUCCAAAAUGACACACAUUUUAUCAUUGUUUGAAGAAGAUGCGGCUAUUGUGUUACUUUUUCUGAAGUACCUAACAAAAAUUGAGAUACACAAUCCUACACAGUCACCGAAUCCUUUCAAGUAUAUAAAAAUAUGUUAUGCAAAAAAUAAAAGAUCUGAUUUACAAUCGUUUUGGAGUAGUAUGGACGGGAAUACAGAAACUGAAGACAGAGCAACUAAAACAUUUUCCAUCGUUAUUGACGCCGACAUACAUAUAUCAACAAGAUCAGGGACGAAAAAAGAACAUUGGACUAUAUGCCACUAUCAUGCAAGUCAUUCUGAUAUGUCCGUUGAAUUAGGACGAUUAGCAAGUGACAAAGAAGUUGCAUGUCUCCCAUAUGUUGGCGUGGCAUAUAAGAAGUCAUUAGCAGCCUAUCAUACUGGGAGAGUUUUUAACUUUCUGCCAUUGCCAGCUACAUGCAAAACUAAUCUACCUGUUCAUGUAAACGGAAACUUUGCUUUAAGUCAGAAUCGCAGACAUUUGAAACUAUCCGACGAACGAUCAGCCGAUAAAUUCAUUAAAUGGAACGAGGGUUUAAUUAAAGAAGUUUUGUCCGAAUCGUACAUGACUUUGGUACAUCAUCUCAUUGAAAAUAGUCAGAAAAAUAAAAAUACAAAAGAACUUAUUAAUGACGUUUAUAAAUGCUUACCCAAUUUGAACGUUACAGAAGAAAUAUGGCAGACACUAGUAGACAGGAUCUACUUGAAAAUAAUUGAGAAGGCAGUUUUCUUUUCUGAUCUUGGCCAUAAUGGCACGUGGGUGACGAAAAACAAAGCCAUCAUAUGUAAUGUAGACGGAUUGGUGAACUGUUCCCCUGACCAACAUCAAAGUAUUAAAACCACAGUUAAAUAUGUUUUACUUAAUCUGCAAAUAGCUGUAGUGGAUGUUCGACAAAACAUGAUGGCGUUGGUUAAAACAGGAAAUUUAAGACACAUUAUGCCUCAUGAGUUAGUUACAAUGAUAAGAAAUAGUCCACAGUCAUAUUUGAAUCUGCAAUGGGCAAGAAGGGUUGCGCUUCUCAAUUAUUUAAUUGAUGACUCAAGUAAAGAGUUCCAAGGAUUGCAGCUGUUACCAUUACAUUGUUGUAAGUUUACAACGUUCAACGAAGAAGAAGAAAAAGUAUUUGUUCACAGAUCUGAAGAAGUUAACUUAUUUAUUGGUGUUGAAAAUAGAUUUAUCUCACAAGACCUGCCUGACGGAUUAUUUAAAGAUCUGAGGUCAAUGGCAUUAAAAAAUAUGUUUCAGUUGACAACGUUGAAACUUGAAGACAUUUCCUCGUUGUUAACAUAUGUUUUUAAUAACCAUUGCUACAUCUCCGAAAAGGGGAAGUACAUUCCAAAAUGCAAACCAUCGCCUCUUAAUAAAGUUUGGAUCGCUGAUGUGUGGAAAAUGAUAACUCGUUAUAAAAAUCUAACUCAUAAAAAUCGGACAAGCAAAAUGGGAUCUUUCGAUAAUAUACCAUUAAUACCACAACUGACUGCAGACGAAACAUGCAUAGAAAAUUUUAACAUCCUCAAAGGAGAUUAUAUUGUUAAAGAGUAUAAAGGCAAAGGGUUUAGUAUGUCUAAACCAUUGCCAGUCGAUAUCAUAGCCAUGCUUGAAGCUGAAGGCAUUGCAAUUUUAAACCCAAACUCAAUCCUCGAUGAUGCUGAUAUUAUCGGAAGUUAUAUCAAAUAUCCAACAGAAGGGGGUAUAUUAGAAUUUUGUGAACAACGUCCGGAUCUAAAGAAGAAAUAUGUAACCUAUAUUGGAGUUACGGGAAAUAUGUAUCUACCUAUGGAUACUACCGCCAUUCCGUUUGGACAGCGAGAGGAACUAGUAACUCGACUAAAAAGUAUAUUACAAAAUUAUCCAAAAAAUCAUUCGGUCUUGAAAGAAAUUCUUCAAAAUGCUGAUGAUGCUGGUGCCUCCGAAGUUCAUUUUUUGUACGAUAUGCGUCAACAUCAAACUGAAACUAUUUUCAGUGAUAAUUGGAAAGUCCUUCAUGGACCUUCCUUAUGUGUUUUUAAUGAUGCAUGUUUUACCGAGAAUGAUAAGGAAGGAAUACAAAAACUUGGUAUUGGUAGUAAAAGCGGGGAGCCGAUGAAGACAGGACAAUUUGGAAUUGGCUUCAACGCAGUAUACCACAUAACAGACGCACCAGCCUUUAUGUCUAAAGGGGACCAUGCUGCUUUAGGUGGAAUGUAUUGUGUACUUGAUCCACAUUGUCGAUAUGCACCGACAGCAAGAUUUGAUAAUCCAGGUAUGUUAAUGAAACUACAAAAACUAAUUGAAAUAUACCCUGAUGUUUUUAAUACUUUCCUAACUACUACAGAGCUUAAAAGGGAGCAUGGUACUUGGUUUCGUUUGCCUUUGAGAAAUGUGGAAAUGACUAGAAGCUCUGACAUCAGGAACACACCCUUCACACAUUCUGACAUGAAAAGGCUACUUUCAGAUAUGAACUGCGAUAUUGAAGAAAGUUUGCUCUUUCUACUUAACAUUAAAAAAAUAACGUUGUCGUAUGUAAAUCAGCAAGGAACACACGUCAUUCUGAACAGAGUAGAGCUUUCACAUUCCGUAGAUAUACAAAGGACUCAUCUUAAUUUUAAGAAACGUUUCAAAGAAUAUAAUGAUAUGUUAAAGCAACCUUCCAUUGACAUAAAGUCGAUUUGCAUAGAGGAGUUUCGAUAUUUUCACGAAAUAAAAAGUUUACUAGGUAAAGAAUCAAUAUGGUUGGUUGUCCAAGCAUUGGGUUUCAGCGAACCAGAAAUGAUAGACCAUCGACUAAAAACAAGUCUUCAAGAGAAAGAAAUUUCUAUAAUACCAAGAGGUGGGGUCGCCAUUAGGAUAUUGCCGACAGCAGGCACAAAGAAAUUCAAAUCAAAAGCAUUUUGUUUAUUACCAUUGAAUAUAGAAACGGGACUAACCGGUCACGUGAAUGGACAUUUUUGUGUUGAUAUGUCAAGAAAUAAGCUGUGGGGCUCUGAUGUAGAGUUUAUUAGCGAUGUUCGUGGUAUUUGGAACUUAGAGCUUAUUCGUUUCAACAUAGCUUAUGCUUACGCAAGUUGCUUUGAGUACAUGAAAGAAAUUUCCUCUCGCCAGUAUAAUAUUGGACACUACUUAAAAUUUAUUCCCGUUUUCAAUGAGGCAAAAAGUUAUUUUUGGAGAGAACUUAUCUACUAUUUGUUUCUACAAAGCAAAACACGAAGAUUGGAAAUAUUUCCGAUAUGCCCAAGUAUUACAUCCAGCUCAUAUGUUAAAUCAUAUUUGUAUGAAUACUUGCAAACAACGAAGUGGGCAUGUCGGCAGAUUAAAAGAGAGAUGCCCGUAUUAAUUGACGAUCUAUCCGACCAAAUAAACUCCGAGGACGCUUGUAGUUUUCGAACAAUUUGCGUCGAAUUGGGGAUGAAGUUGACUUGCUCACCAAUGGUUGUGAAAGAUACUUUGUUAAAUGUAUGUACUUUUCAUCAUGCAAAAUAUACCGAACAGUCUGACUCUGCUCAUAUUCCAACUACACAAAUUUGCAUAUGCAUUGAGAGUAUAUCUCCAAAGGCAACAUUAGAUUUUUUCAAAUCAUACAAACUAAAUGUACGAGGUAGAUUUGAAAAAGACAGCUUCAAUAAAUUAAAACUAGUUGACCAGAUUAAACAAAUAUUGAAAUAUUGUCUAAAAGAAAAAAAAUGGGACAUAUGUUGUGGUGCUCCUUUGUUGUUAAAUCAAAUGAGUGAUAUUUUAGAUAUCAAAGACAGAAAUGAUCUUAUAUUGACGGAGUUUUAUUAUUUACUUCCAAAGUCUGCAGAAAAAUUCGUACACAAAUCACUUUUAGAAAUUUUCAAUAUAUACAGAGACCAUUUUAUAGUUUUGAGUAUAGACAAAUUUGCUGAACUUCUACCGAAAACAUUAGAAAUAGGUACAUAUAAACUUGAUAAACCUCGCCGCAUGGUUGAAAGUGAUUGUCGUCAGUGGUUCAAUGGUUUUUGGACAUAUAUCGAUUCCGAACGUUUGCCUCUCACGGAUCUGUCUCAGUGGUGUUUAUUGCCAGUGAAUUUAAUGUCUAUCGAAUGGCUCUUUCCCGUUAAAAUGUGUCGCUAUACAAUUGACAUCAACACCUUCAACGUCAACCCGAAACUGCAUUCAGUUUUAUCGACAAUGUCUCUACCUACAUCCUGUAUAAAGUCUAGAGUGUUGCUUGAUCUGCAAGCAAAAUAUCAUGAUAUAGAUACAACACUGAAAUGUCUACAUUACUGGCGAAAAGAAAUUAAUCCUGGUUCAAAAUUAACGAGCGAACAAUGCAUGGUUGUUCUUAUGUACCUCAUUAAAGACAUCUGUUCCGACAACCGAGAACAAAUUCAGAAAUUAAAAGAUUUGCCAUUGUUUCCAACAUUAGAUAGGGGCACUCUAUCUGUGUCAGGAAAGAGACUUUUAAUAUUUGAUAAUAAGAUUAAAAUACCGACAAAUGGAUUGUUAGAUUUAUUUGAUAAUUUAAACAUACUAGUGCUGCAAGAUUUUAAAGGUCUUCAUGUUUCAAUUUUAUAUGAACUACUCCAAUGUGAGAUGAUAAAUGCUGGGACUUUGUACGGUAAUUUCAUUCUGAAGCAUUUCCAUUACAUAUCAGACGAGAGGAAUAGAAUUAUUCACUUGGAAUUUAUUAGAGACAACCUUCUUCAUGACCUAAAUUUAAGUCCUCUUUUACCCGCAGCAAGUUUGAUUUACAAUGGAAAUAGUUUUCAGAAGGUCAGUGAUUUUUUUGACAAAAACAAUGAGUUAUUUUCAACCAUGUGUACAACACCUGAGUUUCUACCACAUCCGUUUAACACCAUAUGCUGGAGAAAUUUUAUGAUCACUGCUGGUUUGAAAAUUCAGAUGUCUGAAGAUAUCAUACAUCGAUUUGCGAAAAGAAUUGCAGAUUCAGGGUUGCAAAAAGAGACAUACUCUCGAAGUGAGAUGAUUUUGAAUGAAUUCCUAAAUUAUGUACAAACUAGUCCAAUACAUGUUCAUUUUUUAUCUGAAUUAUCCGUAAUUAAAUUUAUAGCAGUAGAGAAAAACGAACACCGUUAUGAAAAAAUUCACCCGUCGUACAGAACCGGCCUUAGACUAAUUUCCUAUAAAACUGCAAUUUCUAAUCAUUGUCGCAAUCUGGCGUGGACUUCAGCCGACAUUUUACCAAGUUAUGCCAUGCCAUAUAAUAGCAAAAUUGAAAAACAAUUGAAUAUUAGGGAUCCUGAUUUUCUAACUGUAGUACAACACGCUAAAAAUAUAUGUCUGAAGUUAGUGAAGACCUGUGAGGAACAUGAUCAGAGUUUUAUUAAAGACGUUUUUAGCUCUGUAUACGAAUAUUUCAGCAAACAUCUCGAUAAAAUUAGUAAUGUUAUCUGCAUUCCGAUUGUGCAUGUUAGGAAAUAUAAGAAAUUUGUUAGAGCAAAUCAAUUAAUCGUAAAUUUUGUAGAAAAUGAUGAGAUAGUUCCUUAUUUGGUUAAAUUGCCAAUUGAAUAUGGAACUUACCAUGAACUGUUUGCAAAACUUGGUAUGAGAACUGAUCCAAAUAUAAAUUCGUACUGUAAAGUAUUAGAGCAAAUUUACCAACAUACCAGAGAAAGGAAUCUCAGCCCUAAAGAAAUUCACUGUACGAAAAAAGCUAUGCAGGGACUAAUGAAAUCGUUGCAAAAUCUCGAAAGUCCUUUUACAGAACUUGAAGUGAACGUUUUGUACCUGUUAUCAGAAACGAAUGUUUUGAUGCCAUCAAAUAACUUAUAUUACGACAGCUUAGAAAUUCCUCGAGAAAGCUUGAAAGGAAACACCAACUUAUCUUUGAUAGCAAGACUUGACUGUUUUGGCUUUAACGUAGAUGAGUUAUAUGAUUUGUUCUCGAUGUUGCCAGCAAAACACCACCCGAUAUCAAUAAAGUCAAUUCUUACAGAAAAAUUGACAUCGUUCCCUUUAAAAGAGAGUCAAACUGUCUUGGAUCUUCAGGAAUGUCUUACCAGUGAUACUUUUAUAACUGCUGUUUUAAGAUUUGUUAAACAUGACCAGCAGUUAUUGAAAAACGACUUUAAUACAAGUACAAUGAAGACAGUCUUUGCUAAACUGAGGCGUGUACGUCUAUUGGCAGUAUCAGAGUUAAAAACAUCUUUGGUAGAUGAAGAUGGGCGAGAGUGCUCGACUACAGAAAAAGUAUGCUUCUACUUGGAACCAGAUGAUCUGAUGUACAUAGAUGACAUGACCUUGAGGACAAAUGAUUGGUUGCAAACUUAUGACGUUCAACUUGAAGAAGUGAUUCGGAUCAUUUGCAAUUAUAAGUUUUUACGUGGCACUUUACUAAAAAUCCUAAAUAAAGUGCAUGCUCAAUUAAAUGUAAUUCAGGAAAGGUUAACACAAAUUGGUAUUCCUUUUAUUGAAGGUGCGGUUUUAAAUGAAGCUUGGUUUCCUUGUCCUGGCUCGUUUGUUCCAGAGGACUUGCACUCAUUUAUUCGUAUGGCAUUGCGACCCAUUACAGUCAAAGAAUAUGCAGUUAUGAAAUACCCUCGGAACAACUGCAAUAUAGACGGAAAUGUCCAAUACAUAUAUGUUAUUAUCACGAGUAUUUCACAUAUAUUUGGAAGUUUGUGUUACAAAAUAAAUGCCGGUGAUAAGUUCAACGGAUCAGAUCCUAUUCCUGAAGACGAAAUUCUGGAAAUUUAUACAGAAUGUUCUGAAAAUGAAACCAAGGGUGAAAGCAGCCAAUCGUCUGCAUAUAAGUCAUCAGGAUUUGCAUAUAGUUCGAGUUAUCACAGUACUUCAAAUUCUGCAAGAAAUUUUCAUUGCAGUGGGAAACCUAAUCCACAAAUACAUUUAGGACGAAAAUGGUUAGAACAAGCAAAUUAUGAUUUCAAGGCUGGCACAAUUACCUUUGCUGGGAUUGAGAGCAUCCCCUUCAAGGGUUAUAACUGGAUUUGUAUUCAAUGUCAGCAGGCUGCAGAAAAGGCAAUUAAAAGUGCAAGAUGUGCCACUGAUUAUGACAGUUUGGUGUUUUCACACAACUUGACUGAUAAUAUACCCGAUUCCGAUGGUAGACUGACAGAUUUGGCUCUUCAACUGAAAGGAAUACUGAAAGACGUCAAUCUUUUGCGAUACCCAGAUCAUCAGGGUACUAUUCCAGCAGAUCGAUAUUCAAGAGACAACGCUAUCCAAGCUCUUCAAAUUACAAAUGAAGUUCUUCAAUAUAUAUCUAGGAAAUAUUUUCCAAAUUGAAUAUAAAAUUUAAGAAUUGUACAUUUAUUUCAUUAAACAUUAUACUUAGGAGUGAUCGUUUUACAAGCGUUGUAUAAAUUUGUAUAUGAAUAUAUAUCGUAAAAGGGUAAAAAAAAAUUCUGAGUGCCAUAUCGACACAACACAUCGUAUGGAUAGAAGCUUUCUGUCCAAUUUUAAAUAACGAUACAAAAUCGUUUUGAUAUUGUAUUCCUCGAACAUUAAGCUUCGCGUCAAUUUAUAAGUUUGGUCUCACAUUGUCUUCUGUUCGAAAACUUUCGAUCAGUCCUUUAGGCGUCAGAAUCAUUACUCUCAGGAAAAGUGAUCAUACUGGGCCACUUUCUCAAUUUUUAUAUUCUUUCUUGAAGAGAUUCAUUUUCGUCGAAGUGAAAAUAAAAAGUUUUACUUAAAGGGCAUUAGCUGUCCAAUUAAUGUUCACCGAUUUGACUCAAAUUCUCAUGCUUGAUUUAUAACAUACUAAAACGUAUGUCCAAAUUACAAAAAAUCUAAAUUAAACAUGCAUGGAGUCGAUAAUAAGUAUCAACAUUUCGUGUGUAUUUUUUUAUCUAGACGUCAUCUAAUUAACCAUCGAGAUACGUCCGAAGACUGCCGACGGUCAUAUAACCCGAUAUAAACAUAAAUAUAAAUAUAAACAGAUAGCGACCACGUGCAAUUGGAUUUUUCAAGGUCUGUUUGAUUUAAUAUUGUAGGUUAAAAAGUAUAUUUAUAAUCGUUUUAACCUGUAUAAGAAUGAUUUAUUGUGGAUAGAAUCAGUCAACCAAUUGCUUCAUCCUUGUUUCACUUUCAAUGUUGACAUUCUUUUUCUUUUAAUAGCUGAAUACAUGCGUAACCCAUCUCCAGCUAAGGAAUUAAGUUGGGGAUCACAUGAAUACAGAUUCAAUGAGGUCGAAUUAUUCACUUUCAAGUGAAUAAUUCAUCAGCGAUGGUUCUUAGCUUAUUUUGACAAUUGAACCAAAUUGGCUGCUAAAAGCGAAUUAGUAUUUCACUAUAUCACUUCCAUCAAUGAUUGAACAAAAGAAAAUCAUAUUUUGUUUUAUAUAUGUCUCGAAGCUAAUGCCCCUUUAAAAAUUGAGAAAUUGAAUUGUUUCCCGUUAUAAUAUUAAGAUACGAAACCAACUGACAAUUGCAAGAAAUGUUCUUUAUGUAAAUCUUCACUGGUCUGUAAAAUCUUAGGACGAUACGGCAACAUCCAUAAAAGAUGAUAUUAGUAUAAAUACUUAAAAAUCAGAAAAUUCAUUUAGGUGUUGCGUUUCUAUUGACACUCAGUUUGAAUUAAAUAUGCAAUCAAUAUACAUGUAAAACUGUAGUCAAGUGGUGGAAUAAAUAUUUAAAUAUA